UUUAUUCAUUAUCAGUCUGUCUUUUUUUGUCUAUUCGUUUCUUUCGGAAGGCUAGUACUCAGACUAGUUUUCAUCAAAAUAAAAACGGUAUCAUAAGUACAAUAUGGUUUUAUCUAGCUGAACAUAUUACGACUGCGACCUACACAUCCCUUUGUACAUAUAUACGUGUUCAAAGUACUAUAAUAUUUGUGAAUAGGAUAUCAUUUUGUUGCGACACCAGUAAAAUUUGUAGAACAUAUUUGAUAAAAUAAUGAACGGCUUAGCAAACAGUAAUGACGACACUAUUGAGUGCCCAUUGUGUAUGGAACCGCUAGAGGUUGAUGAUUUGACUUUUUUCCCAUGCACGUGUGGAUACCAAAUUUGUAGAUUCUGUUGGCACAGAAUUCGUACAGACGAAAACAAACUGUGUCCAGCAUGUCGAAAAGAAUACCCAGAAAAUCCUGCUGAUUUUAAACCGCUUACUCAAGAGGAAAUGAUUGCAUUCAAAUCUCAAAAGCGUCAAAGAGAUCAACAACGAAAACAAAAAAUAACUGAAAACCGGAAACACCUAGCUAAUGUUCGUGUGGUUCAAAAAAAUUUGGUAUUUGUUGUUGGGUUGCCGCCUCGACUAGCUGACGCUGACAUUUUGAAAAAGCACGAAUAUUUUGGAAAAUAUGGAAAAAUUCAUAAAGUUGUUAUAAACCCAAGUACAACUUACGCUGGAGUACAGGGUCCGUCAGCGUCGGCUUAUGUCACAUAUGUACACAAUGCAGAUGCAUUGCGAGCUAUACAAAGUGUAAACAAUAUAAUGAUAGAUGGGCGUCUAAUAAAAACCAGUCUCGGAACAACAAAAUAUUGCAGCCAUUUUAUGAAGAACCAACAAUGUCCCAAAUGCGAUUGUAUGUAUUUACAUGAGUUGGGUGACUCAGAAGCUAGUUUUACUAAGGAGGAAAUGCAUCAAGGAAAACAUCAAGAGUAUGAAAAACGACUGCAUGAUGCCUUAAUUGCCACUUCUGGGGUGACCGGUAAUGGUGCAAGUGUAGUUGGUAGCGGUGCCUCAAAAGUAAACGCUUCGGGUACGAUGUCAUCAUUAUCAUCUUCGACAUCGUCUGUUGCAAAUAGUUCAACUUUAGGAAAUGCACAGCAGAAAGAAGCUUGGCCAAGUUUAUCAGUUUCUCCAAUUAAUAACAAAGAAACCUUAGGAACAGCCUCUAAUAUGAACGGAAAAAGUAGAAAGGAAAAGUCACGGAACGACAAAGGUCGUCAUGAUAAAAAUAAAACUAAAAACAAAAAUCAUGUGUUCCCUAAUGCUAAUACAUCUAACAAAGAGAACUUUAUACCUGAUACCAGGGGUGAUUCCAGCUCUAUAACUAUAACAGCUCCAGCUGAGGAAUUAGUCAGUACUUCUACAAAAAUAGAAUUAGAUUCUGUUAGGAAUCGACCAAAAUCUGAACGUAACAAAGAAAAAGUAUCAUUAAAUCGUGCCUCACUUUCAAGAGACCAAAAAGAAAUGAAAGAAGAAAUCCAAAAGACUUCGGCUGAAGUAAAUCAACAGUUGGAUCAUUCUGACGAAGGGCCGAAUUCCAGCAAAGAAGUAACCAAUCGCAAUGAAAGCAAUAUAUUCUCACUCUCAAGUCGGCCAGCAUCUAAUGUACAUCGGUCGCUUAGUUCUAGCAGUGAAAAUAGUGAUGAUCACUUGUCUGAAAGCAGUACAAGUGAACAAAGUUCGCCUGGCAAUGUAAAGAAUGUACGAUGUAAUAGUAACGCAACCCAUACUGAUAUGAUCAAUAGCAAUAUAGAAUUGGCAAACUCUGAUAUUUUGUCAACAACAAACACAGCAAACGUACAUAAAGCGUGCGAACCAAAUACUAAAAAAAGAGAUGAAAUAACUCAAUCAGAAAUCCAAGAUGAUAUAGGAACAUUAAAUAUCGGAAGAAUCGACUCCACAAAGGAAGAAUCGGAUGCCAUGUUUAAGCUUAACAUGUUUGAUGAUAGCAACAGCUUUUUCUCGUCGUCUCCUACAUUGCAACAAUCGGUGCUGUUGAGGAAUAAAGAGGAUGGGGAUGUAAGACAGUCGCAAAACAGCGUAACAAAUUCCCAUUUGCCAGAUUUGCUCAAUGGUAUUGAUGGAUACCAAAAUGCUGUCAACACAAAUGAAUGGGAAGAAGCUUUUAAAAACUUAAUGUUGCGGAACAACCGACAAGUAGAAGAACAAGUCCUCCAGCAACAACAACUUCAAAUGCAACAGCAACAUCAUCACCAACAAGUACUAAAACAGCAAGAAGAAUUUCUACGUAUUCACGAGUUGCAAAAGCGAUGUAAUUUAUUAAAUAAUGGAAUUCCACAAACUACACAAACUGAUUUCCCAAGACAAUACUAUGCUAAUGAUGUUGAAGCAAAUAGAACGCAAACACUUGUACCCAUACAUCCACAGCAUAUCACACAGCAGCCCGAUGAAAAUUCCUUGAAUGUAAAUAACAUUUUUGGUGGAAAUAUGUCAAAGUUUUUCGACUUUCACAAAAGUCAGCAACAGAUUCACCAACAGUACAUUAAUGGACAAUCUCAAAUAAGUAAUGUGGAUUCUCAUCGAUUAGCUUUAUUUUUGGAAAACAACCGACCGAACACUUCAGUUUUUGACAAUGGUAUUUUAAGCCAACAAGCGCAAUUACAGAAACAGAGGUUCAUGGCAAAUUUUGAAAAAACAUCUACGACAAACCAACCACAAAACGUGCACUCACCCCAAAAUCGUUUCUCACAAAACUCAUUAGUGGAUGAUGACCUAGGUUUCGAUCCGUUUAUUGAAACACAAAAGGGAUUUGCUGAACUUAUGGAAAAUGAAGUAGUUCAACAGAAUAUUAAUGGAAUUGGACCAAAGUUACAACAGCAAACACAACUUCCUCAUCAAAUUCUUGAUAACAUGCAACGCACCCGAAUGCCGCCACCUGGAUUUAAUCAUAUGAAUUCAUUAGGAUUUGACGGUGCAAACAAAGUACACUCGAGUAAAAUUUUUCCCUUUAUUAAUAUGCCAAGCAGCUCGGUUGGAAAUAGCACUGCGCAAGUCGAACAACAUCCACUGGCAACCAACUGGAGCUCGCAUUUGGCAACAUUACAACAACCCCAAGCAGCGCCGAUAAAUGACUCCCAUUUACAGCACCAAAUUGCCCAAGCUAACAUCCAUAAUAAGGGAUAUAGUAGCAGUGACUGGACUGCAAUGGACCCUGCUAUUUUGUCAUUUAGACAGUACUCAUCCUUUCCCCAUCAAGCUCAAAUGCCUCACCAUCCACAGCAAGAUAUAUUUCUGCAACAUUUGGCUCAAAAUCAACAGCAAAAUGGACAAGGAGUGUUCAGCAAUCAAUCCCAACAAGUGAUUCCUGGUAUGAGCAUGACCAGCAAUAUUAUCAAUGGGCAGUCCACAUCUCAAACACAGGUGAAUGCAAAUGUUCAGGGUAUGCUGGAGUUCUUGAAAAACCGACAAUUUGUUUAAAUCUUUCUUCUAAUUAUUGAUUGGUUUACCUGUACUACUUUUAAUACACUAUUGUAAUUCAUACAUUGUAAAAAAUCGAAUAUACAAAUUAAAGCACAUCGGACUUUUUAUUUCAA